AUCAGACGAAAAGUCAGUCGUUCUUGGAACACUCCGUUCGCGAGUUGGGUAUCAGUGUUGUGUCUAAUUUUUAAACCUAAGAGCUGAUAAUUAUUAUUCUUCAUACGUUUUUAUUUCUUUCUGAUCGAAUUUUUUUUGCAAUAAUGAGUUGCUUGUGUGAGCUGAGAUUCUUCUGAAAAGACAAGUUUGUACGGAAGUCAAAUUUGCCUUGUAAUAAGCAGGCGUGAGAAUAAUCACCACUCAUUGUGCGGUCUGUAGUAAUUAUUUCGUGCUGGUGUGAGGCGCCAUCGGAAUUACGCUUCGCAAAACUGAUCAAUUGGGUUUAAAGCAGCUGGAUGUGUUGAAAUCUGAAUUUUAAACUAGUGCUUUGCCAUUCACCCGAAAGAAGGAGAACGAAUGAUGUCAAUGAAACAAGUUACUGAUCAAGGUCAAACGUCCGAAAGCUGAAGAGAAAGGUCGCUCUGAAGUCACAGCGGUUACCGACUGGGAGUUGAACUUAGAAAAUUGGAACAUUAUAGUGCGCGCACCGGUCAGCCAGUCUAGCAGAGAAAAACGCGUUUUGUUUUUUACGUAACAACGUGUAUGAAGUUGUGCAUCGAGAGCUAUCUCUCUUGUAGGACGUUGGCAUUUAGAGGGCCGUGAAAACUGAACUGAACUAUUCGACUGGUGAAUCCACUGUGAGCCGACUCGCUGCACAAAGAGUGGACAAAGGCGGAACGCGGUAAAAAUUCAAGUGUGUUACCAAUUGGAUUGGGCACGGGGUGAUCGCUUAACCGCUGGGUGCCGCUAAAAUAGCAAAGCGAACGAUGUCUAUCGAGGAUCGAUUUAACGCUGCCGUGAACGUGAUUCGUGGCUUGCCGAAAAAUGGUCCCUAUCAGCCAAGCAAUGAUAUGCUGCUUACUUUCUACUCGCUUUUCAAACAAGCGACCAAGGGAAAGUGUUCGGACCGACGGCCGGCCUUUUGGGAUGUUGUUGGCAGAGCCAAGUAUGAUGCCUGGUACCGACUGGCGGAUAUGCCACAGGAAGUGGCAAUGCAGAAAUAUGUCGACGAGCUGAAAAAGAUUGUCGAAACGAUGUCCUACACCGACAACGUGGCCAACUUCCUACAGUACGGUAACGGCGACGACAGUGUAAGUAUAACCGAUCUGGAAAUGGUCGCCCCGGAGGUGAUUCAGAAAGUUCGAUCCCGUCCGAACUCUCCGCUGGCAUCCCGCGAUGCCAGUCCAUCGCGAAAUUCGCCAGUCACGAUCGCCCAACAAUCGCAGCCGUUGGUCAAUGGCUAUCACAACGGUUCUGCCGUGGUAAAACCGGUGCUCAGCAAUGGCUACCACCACUAUCACCAGAACGGAGGCACCCAGUCGGAUCUCAGCGAUGACGAGUAUAUGGAAACGGUGGAUGAUUCCGAAACUGAAAUUCCGUUCCGUCCAAUCGAGUCUGCUGCAGCGCAUACCUCGCGCAGCCGAUCCGUUCAUUCGGCUGUCGGUGAGCGAGAACUGUACUACAGCAUUACACCAACGGCUGGCAGUACUUCGGAAGUGGUUGCUCAUCUAAAUCGAGCCAUCGACCGGCUCAAUGCAAGUGUUCAGCAAGUCAACAACCGGAUUAAUGUAGUAGAGCAAACGGUUGCUGGUUUGCGCUCGCCGGCCAAAAACUAUCCUCCCUGGUGGCCAUUCGAGGACAUUUCACCACGGCUGCUGGCGAUGAUCAUCCUCUGGCCACUGGUCGUCAAUCGGAUGAUGGUUUGGCUACAGCGGAAAAAGUGAGUUCCGUAAAUUCAGCUGCCUUUAGCGUUCGCUUACGAUGUUACUAACAUGAGUGCGGUGUAAAAACUGUAGUGAUUUAGUUUAAGCUUCUAUUGUUUCAAUUAAACAUUGAAGGGGAAGAGAUACAGCAAGAGCACAGUACACACCUAAGAUCAGUUUUCAAAAGGAAACAAGGGACACAUAUAUAUUAUAAAACAUUCCAGAACGGCACAGUGCAAAUCUGUGGGACGCUAAAACUAAGAAAGGUUCUUCUUGUGCUUUGAAAUCGAAAGUAAUAACAAAACUAGGGUAAAUUGCAAUUAGUGAUAAUCGGCGGGAUAAAGAGAGGAAGGAUCGUUCAAAGGAUAGGAACAAAAGUGCAAUUCAUUUCUCCUUGGAUGGGUACAUAUAUAUUAUCGUUGUUUUUUCUACGGUUUCACUGUAUCAAUUGUCGAGGUUUAGCAGAGCGCAAGCUGCAUUUUUGUAGAUUUAUUUUUUUUU